UACUUAUCACGACCAUUGAUACCAAUACUACGGACUGUAUACUAGGAGUUCCCGUCCAUGUGAAACCCAACUCACCAAGGCAUCAUCUGGAGGUCCAAACAGCAUCAGGGCACAGGGUCCCAUCCUCGAUCCGAACCUGAAAUCAGCUCCACCCCAACUCUGAUCCCGCAGAGGAGCAGAAGUUAAAAGCCAAAACGCCCGCCACACAAAGAAACAGAGAAAACGACGAAAUGCCAACUCGCAUCCCAUCCGAGGCAGAUUUCCUCCCCAUCCUGCCUUCCCACCCCGCCUCUUCCGCAAAUUCAAGCCCAUCUUCACCCUCAAACAACCCUCUAUCUCUAGUCUACCCCUCGCCGCGCGAGUCCACAACCUCGAUCCUACUCCUCUUCCACGGCCUCGGGGAUUCCGAGGUCCCCUUCGCCACCUUCGCCCGCAAUCUCGCCCUGCCAGGAGUGCUAGCGAUCUCAGUCCGGGGCAUAGCGCCACUCCCCGCGCUGAUUGCGCCCGAGGGCGGCAACGCCGGGUUUCACUGGGGGGAUGAUCUCCGCUUCGACGAGAGCGAGGGUGCGCUGGAUCCUGACCCCGGGUUCGAGCGUGCGCGGGCGUGGGUGAUGGAUCGGUUGAUCGGGGAGGUGUUGGUGGGCAAGUGUGGGUGGGAGCUGGAAGAUGUGAUGCUCUUUGGGUUUGGGCAGGGGGGAGCUUUUGCGCUGGGGCUGGCGAGUGCUUUGAGGGCAGGGCCUAGGGUGGAGGAGGUUGCUGGCGAAGAUACAGGGAGAAUGCGCGCAGGAAAGGAGUUUAAGGGCGUUGUCUCAGUCGGUGGCGGGCUGCCGGCCUCGAUGGUGCCCACUGUGAGCGGGCUGGGGAAAGCUCAGACGCCGGUAUUGGUGUGUUGUGGAAGGGAAAGUGAGAUGGUCGACGAGGAUGCUGUGGAUCUGUUGGAGAGGGAGUUUGAGCGGGUCAAGAUUGUCAGGUGGAAGAGGGCGGACGAUGGAAUGCCGAGAAACCGCGACGAGGUAUUGCCUAUGAUGGAGUUCUUUGCAGAGAGGUUGAAGAGCGGGUGGCUUUAAUAAGGGUGCCGGGCACCGGGGUAUUAGAUGUAACACAUCUGGCGCCCAUCCUCUAGUGCUCACUCUCCUCGGCCCUCCUUCUGCAAGCCAUUGAUCGAACCAUGCAGUCACUGCUGC